GCCAAGGCUAGAGAGUAUCUCCAAAAGGCGCUUGUCAUCAGAACUGAAAUUGGCGACAGAAAAGGAGAGGCAUCGGACUACGGUAACCUUGGUACUGUGUUUAAGUCGCUCGGGCAAUACGACAAGGCUCAAGAGUAUCUCCAAAAGGCGCUUGUCAUCAGAACUGAAAUUGGUGACAGAGAAGGAGAGGCAACUGACUACGGAAAUCUUGGUAAUUUGUUUCAGUCGCUCGGGCAAUACGACAAAGCUGAAGAGUAUCUCCAAAGAGCGCUUGUCAUCAAAACUGAAAUUGGCGACAGAAAUGGGAAAGCAGCAUGUUAUGGAAACCUAGGUACUGUGUUUCAGUCGCUCGGACAAUACGCCAAGGCUAGAGAGUAUCUCCAAAAGGCGCUUGUCAUCAGAACUGAAAUUGGUGACAGAAAAGGAGAGGCAACUGACUACAGUAACCUUGGUAUUGUGUUUAAGUCGCUCGGCCAAUACGACAAGGCUCAAGAGUAUCUCCAAAAGGCACUUGUCAUCAGAACUGAAAUUGGUGACAGACAAGGAGAGGCAUCUGACUACGGAAAUCUUGGUUAUUUGUUUCAGUCGCUCGGGCAAUACGACAAAGCUGAAGAGUAUCUCCAAAGAGCGCUUGUCAUCAGAACUGAAAUUGGUGACAGAAAAGGAGAGGCAACUGACUACGGUAACCUUGGUACUGUGUUUAUGUCGCUCGGACAAUACGCCAAGGCUAGAGAGUAUCUCCAAAAGGCGCUUGUCAUCAGAACUGAAAUUGGUGACAGAAAAGGAGAGACAACUGACUACGGUAACCUUGGUACUGUGUUUAUGUCGCUCGGCCAAUACGACAAGGCUCAAGAGUAUCUCCAAAAGGCGCUUGUCAUCAAAACUGAAAUUGGCGACAGAAAUGGGAAAGCAACAUGUUAUGGAAGCCUAGGUACUGUGUUUCAGUCGCUUGGACAAUACGCCAAGGCUAGAGAGUAUCUCCAAAGAGCGCUUGUCAUCAAAACUGAAAUUGGCGACAGAAAUGGGAAAGCAACAUGUUAUGGAAACCUAGGUACUGUGUUUCAGUCGCUUGGACAAUACGCCAAGGCUAGAGAGUAUCUCCAAAAGGCGCUUGUCAUCAGAACUGAAAUUGGUGACAGAAAAGGAGAGGCAACUGACUACAGUAACCUUGGUAUUGUGUUUAUGUCGCUCGGCCAAUACGACAAGGCUCAAGAGUAUCUCCAAAAGGCGCUUGUCAUCAAAACUGAAAUUGGCGACAGAAAAGGGAAAGCAACAUGCUAUGGAAACCUAAGUGGUGUGUUUCAGUCGCUCGGGCAAUACGCCAAGGCUAGAGAGUAUCUCCAAAAGGCGCUUGUCAUCAGAACUGAAAUUGGUGACAGAGAAGGAGAGGCAACUGACUACGGAAAUCUUGGUAAUUUGUUUGAAGCUAUAGGAGAUUAUGAAGCCUCAGAAGUAUGCUUAGAGAAAGCUUUAUCGAUGUCCAGAGAUAUUGGAGAUAGAAGAGGAGAGUUCGAAAUCCUUCGACAUUACGCCAUUUUGUAUUUGUCGCAAGAUAAAAAAGAAGAAUCCCGUUCGUGUCUUUAUCUCUGCAUUGAAAAGUAUGAGGAGCUGAGAUAUUUCUUAGGCGCCAAUGAUCAGUUCAAAACAUCAUUUCUGGAGCACUCAGGAAUAUUUCCCUACAAGCUGCUUUGUAGUUUGCUUUGUGACACCGGAAAUGCUCGGGAUGCUCUUUAUGUUGAGGAGUUGGGUCGAGCUAGAGGCCUAUCAGACUUAAUGGUAGAGAAGUACUCGGUUGGAACGCACAUCUCUGCUAAUCCGCAAUCUUGGUUUGGCGUUGAGAACAUUUUUAGAAAGAAAAAUAACUGUACUUGUCUGUACAUUUCUUAUUUUCACAGUGAUCUGCGUUUGUGGAUCUUAAAGAAAAGUGGAGUCCUUCACUAUAGAAGAAUAUCAGUAGAAGAGAAUCUAGUUCAGGCUGGGUUGCCCAAAGAUUUGCGUUUGAGUAAAUUUUUGGAUGAUAAUUUCCGGAGUCUUGGUAUUUUGCCCACUAAAGAUUGUGAAGAUCGGUCUUUAAAUAUGGUUAAAUUGCAACCUCUCUCCCCCGCACAGAAGAGCUCAGCAAGAUUGCGACUCGUGGAGGAGGACGAGGACGAGGAUGAGGACGAGAAAGUGAUUUCAGGUCUAUUUUUGUGUUACAAAAUGUUUAUUGCUCCCGUUUAUGAUUUGCUUGAGGAGCCUGAAGUCAUUAUCGUUCCUGACCGCAGUUUGUACAAAGUUCCCUUUGCUGCACUGAGUGAAAAGGAGGGAGCCCAAUACCUCUCGGAGACUCAUAGAAUCCGUGUCAUUCCUUCUUUGACAACACUCAAGAUUAUUCAAGAUAGCCCAGAGGACUAUCACAGCAACACUGGUGCCUUGAUAAUAGGCAACCCUAAGGUUAAUUGGCUGCCACCAUUGCCAGGUGCAAGAAAGGAAGCGGAGAUGGUCGGACGACUGGUGGGUGUUCUGCCUCUGGUAGGAGAAGAAGCAACGAAGCAGGCGGUGCUUGAGCGGAUAAGUUCAGUGAGCCUGAUUCAUUUUGCUGCCCAUGGUGACGCCGAAAGGGGAGAAAUUGCCCUCUCCCCCAUCCCUAGUACUUCCAACAGGCGAAACGCUAUCUUACCACAUGAAGAUUACAUGUUGACGAUGGCUGAUGUAUCACGAGUGAAAGUCAGAGCUAAACUGGUGGUACUUAGCUGCUGUCACAGUGGAAGAGGUGACAUUAGAGCCGAGGGAGUUAUAGGAAUUGCCCGUGCGUUCUUAGGAUCCGGUGCUCGCUCGGUGUUGGUUGCGCUGUGGGCCAUUUCAGACUCAGCAACAGAGCAGCUGAUGAGUCGGUUCUACGAACACCUUGUAGAGGGAGAAAGUGCCAGUGAAUCCCUCCAUCAGGCCAUGAAGUGGAUGAGAAAAAGCAAGUCUACCAGUGUGUCUGAGUGGGCUUCGUUUACGCUGAUUGGAGAUGAUGUGAGACUCGGGUUUGACAAGCAGAGAGAAAGAGACCCCGACAGAGUAAAUAAUGAGAAUCACUCGAAGGAAACAGAGCCAAAAGACUUUUAGAUGCAUAAAUUGAAUAGAGCAAAGUAGAGAACAUACUUUAUCCGGUAUUUCAUUGAAAUUAAAAAAGGAGCUAUCCCAAAUUAGAUCUAGUUCAAUUUUUUGUGCUUUCUUUUUCAAUAUUGUUAAAAGACAAAAUUUGUAUCUAUCCAGUGUUUUUUUUUUUACUUAUUUAAACGUUGGAAAUGAAUGGAAAUAGUAUAUUAGCAUAAGCCAUUCAGUAAAAAUUAUAAUAAGCCAGUUGAUCAUUUCUUAUUCCUUUUGGCGGUCUUAUCUUACAGGUAUAAUUUAGCACGCUUCACACCUCUUUUUCUCAGAGGUGACUUAAGGUGUAAACAAGUAGUACUUUUCAUCCUCCGCACCGAAUUUUAAUCAGGUAAUUUAUACGAAUAGCACGUAGC